CCUAUCCCCGCGAUUAGGGGGUGUGCGCGAGUCUCUGUUUGUUGUUGACGCGCGGCAGGGCUUGCAGUCCUUAACAUGGCUCUGGAAGUGGAAUCAGCGGACGUGAUCCGGCUCAUCAUGCAGUACCUUAAGGAGAACAACCUACACCGGAGCUUGGCCACGCUUCAGGAGGAGACCACCGUGUCUCUCAACACCGUGGAUAGUAUCGAGAGCUUUGUGGCUGACAUAAACAACGGCCACUGGGAUACGGUCCUUCAGGCCAUCCAGUCGCUCAAGCUACCCGACAAGACCCUGAUUGAUUUGUAUGAGCAGGUUGUAUUGGAGCUGAUUGAGUUGCGUGAACUGGGCGCGGCCCGCUCCCUGCUCCGGCAGACAGACCCCAUGAUCAUGCUGAAGCAGACCCAGCCUGAGCGCUACAUCCACCUGGAGAACCUGCUGGCACGCUCCUACUUUGACCCGCGGGAGGCCUACCCAGAUAGCAGCAGCAAGGAGAAGCGACGAGCAGCCAUCGCCCAGGCGCUGGCGGGCGAGGUCAGCGUGGUCCCCCCCUCGCGUCUCAUGGCCCUGCUGGCACAGUCGCUGAAAUGGCAACAGCACCAGGGCCUGUUGCCCCCAGGGAUGACCAUCGACUUGUUCAGGGGCAAAGCAGCCGUGAAGGAUGUGGAAGAGGAGCGUUUCCCCACCCAGCUCAGUCGCCACAUCAAGUUUGGGCAGAAAUCCCACGUGGAGUGUGCUCGCUUCUCCCCCGACGGGCAGUACCUGGUCACCGGCUCCGUCGACGGCUUCAUCGAGGUGUGGAACUUCACCACGGGCAAAAUCCGGAAGGAUUUGAAGUACCAGGCCCAGGACAACUUCAUGAUGAUGGACGACGCCGUGCUCUGCAUGUGCUUCAGCCGCGACACUGAGAUGUUGGCCUCUGGCGCGCAGGACGGCAAGAUAAAGGUGUGGAAGAUCCAGAGCGGCCAGUGUCUGCGUAGGUUCGAGCGCGCCCACAGCAAGGGUGUCACCUGCAUUGCGUUCUGCAAGGACAGCAGUCAGAUCCUCAGUGCCUCCUUUGACCAAACCAUCAGAGUGCACGGGCUGAAGUCAGGGAAGCUGCUGAAGGAAUUUCGUGGGCACACGUCGUUUGUGAACGAGGCCACGUUUACCCCCGAUGGACAUUACAUCAUCAGCGCUUCCUCUGACAGCACCGUCAAGAUCUGGAAUGUAAAGACGACAGAAUGCACAAACACCUUCAAGUCCCUGGGCACGUCGGCGGGCACGGACAUCACCGUCAACAGCGUGAUCAUUCUGCCCAAGAACCCUGAGCACUUUGUGGUGUGCAACCGCUCCAACACGGUCGUCAUCAUGAACAUGCAGGGCCAGAUUGUAAGGAGCUUCAGUUCCGGUAAACGGGAAGGGGGAGACUUUGUGUGCUGCACGCUAUCCCCGCGGGGGGAGUGGAUCUACUGCGUGGGGGAGGACUUUGUGCUCUACUGCUUCAGUACCAUCACCGGAAAGCUGGAGAGGACGCUGACGGUCCAUGAGAAGGACGUGAUCGGCAUCGCUCACCAUCCCCAUCAGAACUUGAUCGCCACCUACAGUGAGGACGGCCUCCUCAAACUGUGGAGGCCCUGAGAUUGACGUGGGGUGGAGUUGCACCAAGCUUUAUCUAUUUUAUUUAUUAUCAUCACUUAGACCAUCUUUGGUUCCAGAUCUUAUAAUCCAUAUUUAUUUUGGAGGUAAAGUGUUUUCUGGGAAUCAUCUGGUUGUAUUUUCUGCUAAAGUGCACUGGACUGGACUGGUUUGUUUUUUGGGUUUAUCUGACAGCAUCGUCGUGGCAGAUGGGACGUAGUUCUCAUUGCAAUCUCGCCGUUUGCCUGAAUGCAUGAACGUUUAUAUUACAGCAGGUGUGAAGCAUACCAGAUGCUCAUUAUUUGUGUUCAUUGUGUAUUCCUAUCCUGAAGCAUCCGCCUGCAUGCGGGCCACUGUUUAAUGGCGUUACAGAAGAUAGAGUUAGCAUGACGCUGAUUACAACGCACUUUUCUCAGAAUGACUGGAAGGUUUGUUUGUUUCUGAAGUAGUGCAUGUUUAUUUGUUUGGUGUUGAUUUUCUUGCAUACUAAUGCGUUGUGUGUGUAUCUUUCAGGAAUAUUUAUAAACAACAUAAAAGCCAAACAGUUAUUUUUUGUGAUAUUUCAUAUUAAGCAGAUAAUAUGGAAAUGUUUGCCUUUUGUAAAACUAGUUUUAACUGGGACACUUGCUUAAGUAAAAAUGCAGUAUAUAUUUUUAGCUAUUGGAAAUAUGUGUUUACUUUUGUUGCCUUAAAAUGUGGUUAAUGUUUGUGUGCAUCUUUAGUGGUGUUUCAGACUAUUUUUGAAAUUGAGUUGGAUGUCAUUUGUGAUGGUCCAGGAAAACUGACCUAAAUAUGUGAACUCAGAGGCCCUAACUCUGGUGCUUCUCCUAACUGUACUUGGAACCAAGAGCUGUCUUCUGCAUCGUAGUUAUAAACCUCAUCUGCAUGCAAACUCCUGGAUGCAUUACAAGUCGUGACUGCAUGUUUCUCCCUGAUAGUUAUAACACAGUGACUUACUGCUUUAUAACUUUAUACGAUAUGUCAUUGUUCUGGGUGUUUAUCUGCCCCAGCUGUCUGUUAAAUCCUCACCAGCAAUGACAGGAAAAUAUUACUAAAAAGGCUGUGAACACUGGCACCUACAGGCAGCUGCUGUCAUUGCAUAUAACCUGUGAUGAAAUCAGAGCACAAAGGUCCUCUAAUCCAGUUGUAAUAUCUUCCUGAUUAUGCUGCUUAUUUGCCAUCAUCCUUGUGCUAGGCUGUUAAACUAUAAAUCCAUAGAUUGUUAAAUAGCAACCUGUUACUCAAGGGCUCAAGACAUUCAUUGUUUUGUAUGUCAAAGAAUAAAAAUGCUUGUUCCCGCAUUCAAAAUA